AUGGGCCUGGAGGAGGGACCUGGUCCUACCCUGGGCCACAGGAAGACCGGCAUGACCGGGGCCCCGCGGUGGGUCUCGUUGCUCCUGUGCCUGCUGCAGUCCACUUCAGGGAGGCCCCUUCUGGCCCCUCCCCAGAACGUGACGCUGCUCUCCUGGGACUUCAGUGUGUACCUGACGUGGCUCCCAGGACCUGGCAACCCCCAGAACAUGACCUAUUUUGUGGCCUAUCAAAGCUCUGCAACCCCCAAACAGUGGCGGAGAGUAAAAGUGUGUGCAGGAACCAAAGAGCUACAGUGUUCUCUGAUGUGCCUGGAGAAACAAGACCUGUGCAAUAAGUUCAAGGGGCGUGUGCGAGCGGUUUCUCCCAGAGCCAGGUCACCCUGGGUGGAGUCCAAGUCCAUGGAUUACUUUUUUGAAGUGGAGCCAGCCCCACCUGUCCUGGUAUUCACCCGAACAGACGAGAUCCUGAGUGUCAAUGCCACGUACCAGCUGCCCCACUGCAUGCCCCAACCAGAUCUGAGCUAUGAGGUGUAUUUCUGGAAAGAGGGGACCGGGAAUGAGGCCAGUUUUCCAGCCACUCCCCAUGGCCAGCCAGUCCAGAUUUCUCUCCAGCCAGACACCAGCGGACACCACUGCCUCAGCGCCAGAACUAUAUACACCUUUGGCUCCCCUAAAUACAGCAAGUUCUCUGAGCCCACCUGCUUCUUCCUGGAGGCCCCAGGAUCCAACUGGGCACUCCUGGUACUGCUACCCCUUCUGCUGCCACUGCUGUUGGUCGUUGCCACGGGGCCUGUGAUCUGGAAGAGCUUCAGGGGGAACCCCUGGUUUCAUCAGGCAAAGAUGCCACAGGCCCUGGACCUCUCUGGACACAGACACCCCGGGGCAACAUUUCAACCCAGUGGCCCAGAGUGCCUGCAUGUCUUGAUCCUCUGUCCCCAAAAGGAACAGACCAGAAGGGUCAGGCUGACCCCUAGAGUCAGGGCCCCAGCCACCGUCCAGGCAGGAUCAGAGGACAGUGCUGAGGAGGAGGAGGCCGACGAGGAGAGCUCGGACGAUGGUGUCAGCUUCCAGCCCUACACUGAACCACCCCCCUUCCUGGGGCAGGAACACCAGAGCCCGGGGCAGGCAGAGGCAGGAGGGCCUUGGACUCCUCUGGUCCAGGUCGAAGGCUCCUCUGCUUGCGAUUCUUCAGACAGAAGCUGGGCCAGCACUGUGGGCUCCUCCACCUGGGACGAGGCUGGAUCAUCUGGUUACUUGGCCAAGAAGAGGCCAGGCCGAGGACCGGGUGGGAAGGAGUUCCAGAAGCCUCUCCCACCACCCGAAUUCUCCGAGGACUCGAGUUCCCUGGAAGAGCCCCCAGAAGACAACCCGUCCUCCUGGGUCAGCUGGGGCUUACCGUCCCCAGGGCUGAUUCUGGUUCCCAGGGAGCCCCCAGUUUCUCUUCAGACACUGACCUUCUGCUGGGACAGCAGCCCCGAGGAAGAAGAAGAGGGUGGGGGGGAAUCAGAAAGUGAGGACAGCAGUGACGGCAGCUGCGGGGCUAAGAGCCUCCAGAGGAUCGAGGUCAGAGGUAGGACACUGGGGCACUACUUGGCCAGGUGAGCCGUCCCUCCCAGUCUGGUGCUCCUGAGCUUUCUGGGGACCCAGCAUGCCACCAAGACUUGAAGUCCUGAGAGCAUCAUCGCCGGGGCAGCAGCGGGUUCUUACGGCACCUCGGGGAACCCGGCUAGAGGUGUCCGCCAGGUUGAGCAGUCAGAAGCCACCCCGUCCUAUGACCUGCGAGCUUUGAGCCGAGAGCCAAGAGGGGUGGAGACAGGGAUGGGCGGAGGUCAGAGGUUGGUUGGGUGUCAGACCACACCACUGUCCCUGGGGUGACAGGCCAGUUGGAAAAGUCAUCCCUGCACAACAUGAAACAGGCGAGGUCAGGUCACAGGGGACAUUGAAGGCUGACAGCACAAGGGCCCAUCUGGAUUUGGGGAGGGAAGAAAUCCGGAGGCAAACCAAGUGUAGCAGGACUCAACGCCUCUCUCCAGCACCCGCUGGGCUCCCUCCUCCCCGAGGCUCGACAUCCUGAUUUAUGAGUCCCCUAGGGUGGGCCCCAGUGAAGAAAAAUCCAGUUGGCUGAGGGUGUUGGAGAGGAAGAGGAAAGGCAUGUCCUUCAAAUCCCAGUCUCUGGGUCAGGCAUUGCACUGUUUCCAUUAUCAAAGAGGCCUGGGUCCAAAUCCCAGCUCUGCCAUUUCCCAGUUGUGUGGCCUUAGGGGAGAUACCUUCCUUCUCUGUACCCGAGUCUCCUUUCUACAGCUACCACCUGGGGCACGGUGAGGGUUCCGACAGAGACGUGUGAUGCCUGCCACACCAUUGGCACUCACCACGUGGUGGCUGGUAGGAUUCUCCAUCCACCCAGGCUCUGAGGGGACCGCUGGGCAUCUCCCACCUGUGACCCUAAACUCAGAGUGACUGGAGUUCCCACCUUUAGUCUUUCUCCUGCCUCCUGCCCUCACUGACCCCUGCCUCCUGGUCAGGAAACAGUUCUCAGAAGCUGGAGCCCAGCCAAGGGUCCCUCUCCCUUUUCCCAGCAAAGAAAAUACCAAAUGGCCCACCUUCUAGGGGGUCUGAUUAAUUGGUGGUGGGGUAGCAACCCAGCAGGGAGUUGGACCCCUGGGCCCGUGAUCCCCAACUUAGCACUUCAGACCCUUUAGGUGACCAUUGUGGUUGUAAAGACAUCCCAUUUCCUCUUCCAGUUUUGAGAAACCACUGUCUUCUGGAAACAGGUGACUGUCCUUACCUGAGGGUAGUGAUGGAUGUUCUCAAACGACCGCUUUAUUAACCUACACCCACCAGUAUAUGGACGAGCAGAGCUGAGUCUUCACCCGUUAGACCAAGGUUUUGUCAGUUUUGUGGCCCUGCAGGGACCACAGGAAUCCGAACAUCUUUGGCUCUGCCAUUUCACCUGCCAGGACUUAAGUUCCUCCAUUUGUGUAAAAAGCAUCUUCAUAAGCAUUUUAUCCACGGGGCUGUGUUUUGAAGGCAACGCAAGGGUGGAACAUUAAUGGAAGAUCUGGAAAAGCUUCUCGAAGGCAUCUGGUCCAGGGGUUCUCAAACUGUGUUCCCAAAAGGCCUUGGGCUUCACAGGAGGCGUCUCAAUCUCAGGGGGAGCCGUGGGCUGUAGGAUCCCCGCAGCGCAACCAGAGCAGCCUCCCUGGGCCCUGAUUUUCUCCGGUGGCCCUCUACGUAAGAUUGUGCUUACGAGUUUCAACUGCUAAAGAAAACGUUAGCAAACCCCUUUUUAAAUUGAACACCUGUCUUUUGUUUCAAACGAGGAAGCUAAAAUGUUGACUUACUGUGUACGUCUCUGAGGGUGAGACUGUCGGUCUCUGGCCAGCUGGGCCAAGCCCCGUCCCCUUGGCCAUGUAAACAGUACUGAGGUCUCGGCAAGGGUUUCCAAGGGGCACGAGGCUGGCAGGAGGCCUUCACCACUGCUGGGACUCACACACAUACAUGCAUUUCUGCAGGGGUUUCCCUGCAAUGAGGCUUGUCUACAUCCAUGAUUGAGCACAGAAGAGGAAGAACAAACUGCAACCAUGGAGCUGGGGAAGGCUGUGGCUCACGGCCAGUUCCUAGGAGAAUACCCAGACCAAGCCCAGUGUCCUUUCUGGAACCAGCCGAGCUGCUUCGUGGAAGUAAAUUCCAAAUAACUAAAAGCUAUCCUCACUAUUGUCUUAGGCUUGUGUGAAGGAACCGCUUUCUCUCUGUUCUGAAACCUUGUGUGUUUUUUAAGCAUUUUUUUAAAGUUUAAUUUCUGACAGACGCUGAGCUUUCUAUUAAUUCUAAACUCCAGCUCCUUUAUGGUCAUUAAGUCAUAAACAAAAAACUGGGCAGCUUUAGGAAAGAGCAUGCUAUUCAAUAUUAUCAUUUGUCAGGUGUGCUCAGCACUGAACUGUUUACAAAGCCCUUUCAUGUCCCCAGCAGGCAGGAACUGCAUAGUGGGAACUCCAGGGCCACGCGUGAAAGAUGUCAGGGGCAGAGCGGGUGAUGCCCGGGUGAAAGCAACAUUCCCGUUCUUUAGGGUAGUGAGGAGAUUAUAUAUUGUUCUAAGAUAUUUGUAGUUAUUUCUAAUUUUAUUUUAUGUUUAUGUCAUAUUUAGAUAAUUUCCUAAUGUUUGUUGGGGCCUACCCUAAACUGUUUUAA